AUGGCCGAUCCACCAAUACCGGACCCAGAUGAGAUCUUUGGAAACAGAGAGCAAUCAAGAGGCGCACUGAUCGUUCACCGUCGCAUCAUCCUUUGUUGUGAUGGCACUUGGAAUGACAGAGAGACGAACGACCCAUUCACCAACGUGACUAAAUUCAUCAGCUGUCUGGAUUCCGUCGAUGAUCGGGGGAAAGAGCGGCAGUAUGAGCAAAUACCCAUCUACCUAGACGGUAUUGGUACUGGAACAACGCUCUCUGGAAGUCUUUACGAGGGCGCAACCGGCAAAAGUAUUUCGCGAAAACUCCGGGAAGCUUACAAGAACCUCUGCGCGCUAUGCGUCGACGAAGAGGAUCAAAUUGUCCUGAUUGGAUUCUCCAGAGGAGCCUACACGGUGCAAUGCCUUGCUCGACUACUCUACGAUGUUGGCUUGAUCGAGAACUCUUGGGUGAAUAGGGAGCUGCCGAAAGAUACAGUUGGAUCGUUGAAGUCGUCUCUAAUUGGCGAAUCUUUGAAGUCCUCCCUAAUUAGCGGAUACCAGAAGCCAUUCAGCUUUGUCGGGGAUCAACUGCCGCCAAAUGUCGAACAAGCAUAUCAUGCACUCGCCUUGGACGAAAAACGGAAGGACUUCAAGCCAACACUCCUCACAAGCAUUCGCAAGAACCAGCUCAGGCAGUGUUGGUUUCUGGGAAGCCACGGAGACGUAGGCGGCGGCAAUGUCAAUUCUGGACUUUCAAAAAUUUCCUUCUGCUGGAUGAUCAGCCGACUCGAGGCCGGAGUUCGGUUCAAAGAACUCGCAAUCUGGAACGAUACCGCCGAAGGCGCCCCGUUGAAAACUAUUCCUUCUCGCCACCACACCGGCGUUAAAAAUAUCAUCGGGGCAGAGAAGUAUAACUCCUUUGCUGGCUGGCGGCUCCGGGGCAAACACAUCCGGCAGGUCGGCAAGAGCGGGAUCAAAGGCAAGGAUAACCCUUAUGGCAACAGCAAUGAGACUAUCCAUUACACGGUCCGUUAUUUCGACGAGAUUGCCGAUCCGAAUACCAGAACCCUACCUGAACCACUGAAGACUCGAAAGUUCCAGUACUCGCAAUUUAAUAAGAACCUUCCGGACACCGUGCCCUGGAAAUGGGAAGGCACCGUUGACGGACAGCCAACAAUGGUUAGAGAAGACCGCGGAAGUGACUACGAGCGGGGAAUGUUGCAGAGGUGGAUAGAUGAUGAUCCGACAGCUUGGGGUGCACUGGCUUCAGCUUUGAAAGAUUUGAAGUCAAUUACGUUCAAUGGUCCCAUUACAAUACCACUCAGUCCUACUCCAGGCGUGGUCCCGCUCGGAGCAAUUGCAUAG